GGUCAUUUCGCCUUUCGCUGCGGUAGUUGAACCACAAACGCAGCAAACACACGACGAUGUUGGGGGGACGCUUGUCCAUUUCAGAGAGAGAGAGAGAGAGAGGGACGCCAUUCGCAACUCCCCCGGAGCUUCGGUGUCUUCGUCUCCAAUUUUCGGCUCCUGCAAGCUCUCUCUCUCCGGGCUCGGACAAAGCAGAGACCUAAUUUUCUCCACCUCCGCCUUCUUGCCUCGCCGAUCGAUAUCCUUCGCGACGAUCUCUGCUUCAGCUGCUGCGAUCGCGAGUUCCCAACACAAUGCCCGUCCUCUCCGGUCCCAACGCGUCCGGGCGCGCGGUUCGUCUCGUGGAGGCCAGAACGAACCACUCCGACAUUCGAUGGAGUGGCGUUACCAGGAUCUCCACUCUCUUUAAGGAUAAUAGGUUUGAGAACUGUCAGUUGGCUUCUAUUUCGAGGGGGACAGCUAAAUAUCCCAAUAUUUGCAUGGCUCUAGUGGAUGAGAGGCUUGCUCGUAGCAGAGACGUGGCCAAGCCACCUGGAGUAUUGGCAUAUGAACUUGUGCAAGGAGCUUUGUGUCCAGGUCAGAUGGAGUUCCACUGUUGACAAGUCGCUACCGGAUCCUCCGACAGCUGUCCUUCUGCAUGGAAUUUUAGGUUGUAGGAAGAACUGGGGAAGCUUUGCUCGACGGUUAGCACAAGCAUUCCCGACAUGGCAGUUUCUCUUGGUUGACCUGCGAUGCCAUGGGGAUUCUGCAUCGAUGAAAAAGCGAGGCCCCCAUACGGUUUCCUCGACUGCCCUUGACGUGUUAAAGCUGGUCGCACAGCUUAGGCUAACGCCCCGGGUUUUAAUUGGUCACAGUUUCGGAGGAAAAGUUGCUUUGAGCAUGGUUGAACAAGCUGCAAAACCUCUUGCACGACCAGUCAGAGUGUGGGUCCUAGAUGCUACUCCAGGAAAAGUUCGGCCUGGUGGAAACAAAGAGGACCAUCCUGCUGAGCUAAUAUCUUUCCUCAGCACACUGCCUAAGGAGGUUUCCUCAAAGCGUGAUAUAGUAGAAGCUCUUGUCCGAGAAGGAUUUUCUAUGGAUGUUGCCCAGUGGGUGGUAACCAACCUUCGACCAUCGGAGUCUCCUGGUUCACCAACAAGCUUCUCCUGGGUCUUUGAUCUCAAGGGAAUCACUGAAAUGUUUCAAUCAUAUGAAGAAACAAAUUUAUGGAAAAUAGUAGAAGAUGUUCCUGGAGGAGUGCAUGUAAACUUUUUGAAGGCAGAAAGAAGCUUGCACAGAUGGGCACUCGAAGACAUUCAGAGGAUUCGUGCUGCGGAGGAGCUGGCCGCAGAUGAAGGCGGAGCAGUUGAAAUGCAUGUCCUCGAAGAUGCCGGUCACUGGGUACAUGCAGACAACCCGGACGGCCUCUUCAAGAUCCUUUCAUCUUCUUUCCAGGUGGUGAAAUGAUGACCCGACCCAGCCCCCGUCAUUUUGCGGACUGAACAAUUUAGAGUUUUCUGCGACUAGUACACCACUCUGCUUAAAUUUUGUCUAGACCUCGUACAAAAUCUUCCCUCCGCACCAUCUAUUACACAUCUCUGUUUUCCUACUCUCUCCAAAACAUGCCAUGUAUCCCUGCGUUUCCAGAGGAAAAAGGCGAAAACCCACACCGUGGAUGUAAAGUUCUCUAUCUGACAAACAAUGCUAAAGAUGAGUUUCUAAUGUUGAUGCUCGAGAUGUGAU